AUGGAGACGUCUACCGAGAGAUCGUUCUCAACCGCAGGCUCAGCCGCGAAGAGAUCGCAAGAAAGUGAUAUAGACUCUUCCACGGCUAGCAAGCGUACCAAGCUCGAUGUCAACGAGGCUGAGCACGACGUGACAACGCGUCGCGCUCUUUCCGAGAGUGCACCAGACAGUUCUGCGGUGCCACAGAAGUCCGCUGCAAAUCAUACAGACAAGCCGAAGUUCAAGAAGGGGCAGCGAGGGGACAAAAUCGACCGCAGACGAGGAACGCGAAGGGAAGACGCAGAACCGAGGAAUAGUGAAGAGCCUAAGGGUCCGCGCGUACCUAAAAGGGCGUGCGCACUGUUGAUGGGCUUCUGCGGCGCCGGUUACAGCGGGAUGCAAUUUCAGCCCGGCCAGUCAGUCCGCACGAUCGAGGGCGUCGUAUUCGAUGCACUCACUCGAGUGGGCGCCGUUUCACAAGAUAACGCAGACGAUCCGCGCAAGGUUUCUGUUAUACGUGCCGCACGGACGGAUGCCGGUGUACAUGCAGCGGGCAACGUCGUCUCGAUGAAGCUCAUCAACUCCAUACCCGACCUGGUCGCGCGUGUUAACGAGGAGCUCCCGCCCGAGAUUCGUAUAUGGAGUAUACUUCGCGUGCAAAACACCUUUAACGCAAGAUUGUCCUGUGACAGCCGGAAGUACACGUACUACUUCCCCUCUUACAUGAUGAUCCCACCGAAGCCGGGGAGCGGACUCCACCAAAACCUACAGCAAAAUGGCACCGAACCUCCAGCGCAUCCAUUCUGGGCAACAGGCGAUCCCGAGGCCGACACCAGCGUUGACCUGCGGCGAAAACGCGAUUACCGGAUGCCCCCUGAUGCUUUGGAGUCGUUACGAGCUACUGCAUGCAAGUUCGCAGGGAGCCAUAACUUCCACAACUUCACCUUCGGACGGGAGUUCCGGGAUCGCAGUUGUUUUCGUUUCAUGAAGGAGAUCAGUGUCGCCGACCCAGUCGUCUUCGGGGAUACGGAAUGGGUGAGCGUGAUGUUCCACGGACAGAGCUUCAUGCUGCACCAACGCAAGAUGAUGUCAGCUUUAGUGCUGACGUGCCGCACCGGAUCACCUCCUGAGAUCAUGGACGAGCUCUAUGGUCCACGUAUGGUCUUCGUCCCCAAAAUGCCAGCGCUGGGUCUCUUACUCGAAUACCCCAUUUUCGAGACUUACAAACAGAAAAUUGCGAAAUUCAACGAGAAGCUGGACCCCUCAGAAACAGAUUACCGUCUCCCGAUUGACUUCGAAGCCCAUCGCGAGCAGCUGGAUAAGUUCAAGGAGAAGUGCAUAUACCCUCGUAUGCGAGAGAUCGAGAGCGAAGUGGGGCUCUUCGAUUCAUGGAUGCGCUCUAUCGACUCGUAUUCCGGGAACGACUUGCUCUGGCUCAAUUCCAAGGGCAUCGUUCCGGGCGCCGCGGUCAUACAAAAGGGAGUCCGUCGCGCGGAUCCCUUCAAGGAGAGGAAACACUUCGACUCGACCGGUUACCCAACAACUACCGCUGAGAAGUCCAUGUCGGUCGCGGAUGAGGAAGCUGAGGAGGAAGAGGAAGCGUUAGACAAAGCUAAAUUAGAAGAUAUGGAGGGUUAA